UCAUUACGGGAAAAUCGACAUGAAGUCGUUCCUGCUUUAAAAGUCCUCAUACUGAACGUGUUUAUGAGUGCGAAGAACACGUUACAUGCAAUGACUCCUGCACAGCCGAGGAUUAUCCUGUUAUUCAGCGGGAAGCGGAAGUCGGGGAAGGAUUAUGUGACAGAUUUACUUCAGCACAGGCUGACCGCAGAGAUGUGCUGCAUACUCAGACUGUCUGCGCCCCUCAAACUGCAGUAUGCACAGGAUCAUAAUCUGGACUAUGAGGAGCUGUUGGGCUGCGGUCAGUAUAAGGAGGAAUAUCGAGCCGACAUGAUCCGCUGGGGUGAGAUGAAGAGACGGCAGGACUCGGGCUUCUUCUGCAGACUGGCCAUCCAACACGCGGCGCGGCCCGUCUGGAUCAUCAGUGACUGCCGGAGGAGGUCGGACGUGCAGUGGUUCCGUCAGGAGUUUCCCGAUCUCUGUGUGUGUGUUCGGGUGGAGGCGUCGGAGCAGACCAGAUCUCAGAGGGGCUGGAGAUUCACCGCAGGUGUGGACGACGCCGAGUCCGAGUGCGGAUUGGACGAGGGUGUGAAGUUUGACUGGAUCAUCAAGAACGACGGAGACGAUGAUGUUCUGGAGAAACAGCUGGAGGAGCUGCUGUCACUGGUCACGUCACGACUGGACUCACACACACUCGAUGACAUGAAAACACAGCAAUGACAACACGAGAACUCGUUUCUUUCAUCUGCUCACUGGAGGACUAGACUCUUCUGCUUUAUUAUCUACACUUCCUGUCAUCAUGUGCUUCAUGGUGUUCCAAACCAGCUUUAAUUCUGUAGUGCUUUAUACAAUAGAAAUUGUAGCUUCACAAUAAUAAACAGGAAAGUAACAGAAUUAAUGAUGCAAACUUCAUCAAAUAUGAGACCAGCAGCUCUACAGAAGACAUUAUCCACAUCAGUUCAGUUCAGUUAGUAAAAAGGAUUGUUUUUGAAGAUUCUUCACGUGAUGCUGUAAAAACAAGUAGCCUACAAUAUUGGCAGAUCUGUUAAUCGUUUUUUAUUAGAAAAUUGCUGUAAACAUCCUCUAGCUUGAUUUUCAGCUUUCGCAAAAAUUAGGAGCAAUUUAGCAGAAGCAAUAUUAAAGAAUUAGUUUGUCAUUUAGAAAGCAUAAAAGUAGUCUAUGUGAGUUAUUCCAGAUCCUCUGGAGCCAUUCCAUAUCAAAUGAUUGUCUAUUCAUUAUCUUCAAAUGCAGAAUUGUUAAAACUAGGACAGUACGAUGCACUUUAUUUUAACAUGCACGAGGACGAGUUAGAUUUGAGCUUUAGGAAUAUUAAUGCACAACAUUUUCAGUUUGUGUCAAUUCCCACACAAAACUGCUCUAAAUGAUCUUUAAGUGUUUGUUUUUAAGGUUUGUUUCUUUAAAUUAUGGCUGAUGGGUGUUACACUACUAACACAUUCACUUUGACUUGAACCACAACAAAUGCACAAAUAGAGUUUGUGUAGAAGCCAACAUUCAACACGGUUGUGAAAUGACUAACAUGCAGUGUUGGGAAAGUUACCUUUAAAAGUAAUGCAUCACAGUAUUGAGUUAUUGCCUAAAAAAGUAACUAAUUGCAUUACUUUUUAUGGAAAGUAAUGUUAUGUUACGUUUGCAUUACUUUUUCUCACCUGAGCUGGACUUGCUUGUUUUUUAAUAUCAACACAAAAGGUUCUAUUUUUGUCAAAUGUUAAGGCCCUUUCACACCAGAAGUGAAAUGAAAAAGCCUCCGGCCGAUCACAAAUGUGAUGUCUAUCUGAAGUCAUUUUUUCAUAGCUAGUAUGGUUGAAUUGGAUCAUGAAGGUCAGCAGCAAAGACAUUGGUUAAUAAAGUGAGAUUAAAUACAUAAAGUAUAUUUGUGUAAUUUUAUAUAUUUCAUUAUUGCAGAUUUGUGUAAUAUUCUGAGAUUGAAUUUCACUGUUUUUAUUCAUUUUGAGGAAUACUGAAUGUUUUUGUGCAAGUGAGAUUAGUAAAUGCAUGUUCACAUUUAAUCUAGAACUACAAUAACCGUCAUGUUCACACACAACACCUCUGAACUUUAUUUAUCUCAACAUGACGACAGGAGAGCUGUCAGUCAAUACAUGAGAAAAAGUAGCUUGUGUUACUUUACUUGAAAAAGUAACUCAGAUAUUUUGUUGUAAAUUUAUAAGUAAUGUUGCCUUGCUAGUUACUUGAAAAAGUAAUCUGAUUACAUAACUUGUAAUGCGUUACACACAACACUGUCUGUUGGGAUUGUCUUGUUAGCGUUAGGUGUUUGUUCAGUAAUUUUAGCAAACACGUUCACACGAAUGUUUCCCUUUUGUAGGCUUUUAACAACAGCACUCUUUGUUCUUGACAUACAGUUACCCAGUUUGUUGUUGAUUUCAAAACGGAAAUAUGACAGUUUGAGAUUAAUAUCUCAGGUAUUAAAGCAAAAAGCAUUGUAACCAUCCCCGGUCUCUCUAUAUGACUAUAUAUCCAUUAGACAGAUUCAGUGAGAUGUGUUUGACUGGAACUGACAUCGGUGAGAAAACAAUCCCAGCAGUCCCGUAGUGUUCAAGCAGUCAAUUCACUGAGUUUAUCAUCCAUGUUGUCUAAAAGAAUUCUGCCAUCUGCUGGUUAGAAGAAAACCUGUAGGAAUUACAGUUUUAGGAAUAAAGUGUUUUGACCAUAUAUAUCCAGCAGAGGGCCAUAGAGAUCCAUUCAUUUUUCUGGAUGUUGUGAAUAUAUAUUUAAACAUAAUAAAAUACAUUGAAAUCAGUAUUUUUGUGAAAAGUUAGAAUUUGUUUUGUUGUUUGAAGUGUUUUGAAGUGUCUGUUUUUGCAAUAAUGCCACAUAAAUUUGCAAAAAUAUAACUAAAAUGCCACAAAAAACUUAAGAUUUUAUUUCAAUUAUUCAAUUUAUUUCAGAUUCAUGCCAGAUGUAUUGAUUUUAUUGAAAAAUGAAAAAUAAACUCUUAAUUUUU